GUCAAAAAAUAAUAAUAUAAAAAUAUGUUCCGUUAUCCUCUCUUUGUUCCCCAUGUUGCUACAUCUACUGGUUUUACUUCCCCUCUUCCUAGUUGAUUUUCUCUGGAACCGAAUCAUUGUGAAACCGAAACUCAGUAGUGAUUGUUGGAAAAUGGAAAAUGUGAUUGGGUUAAUGAAUAGAAUUCGGAGGGUUUUUGCUGUGUUCGGAGACUAUGGCGACGAUCUCACGUUUUUACCAGCUCUGUGGAACGCUCUCCCCACCAUCGUUGUCGUCGGGGGACAGAGUUCAGGAAAGUCAUCGGUGUUGGAGAGCAUUGUUGGGCAUGAUUUUCUGCCAAGGGGAUCAGGCAUUAUGACAAGAAGGCCUCUAGUAUUGCAGCUGCACCAGAUAGAGCCAGGGCAAGAAGAUUAUGCACAGUUUCUUCAUACUGGAAAGAGAAAAUUUGUUGAUUUUUCUAUGGUACGUUCAGAGAUUCAAGAAGAAACAAACAGGGUCACUGGGAAGACGAACCAAAUUUCUCCUCUUCCUAUUAAUCUAAGUAUUUAUUCUGAAAAUGUCGUCAAUUUGACUUUGGUGGAUUUACCUGGUUUAACAAAGGUUGCUGUGGAGGGCCAGCAAGAGAAUAUCAUUCAAGAAAUUGAAAACCUGGUUCGUUCAUACGUGGAGAAGCCAACUUGCGUCAUUUUAGCCAUAACUCCAGCCAAUCAAGAUGUUGCAACCUCUGAUGCCAUUAAGUUAGCUCGAGAAGUUGAUCCAACUGGCGAACGGACAUUUGGUGUGUUGACGAAGCUUGAUUUGAUGGACUGCGGUACAAACGCUUUGGAGGUUCUUGAGGGAAGAUCUUUCCGGAUGAAACAUCCCUGGAUAGGAAUUGUGAACCGUUCUCAGGCUGACAUUAACAGAAAUGUUGAUAUGAUUGCUGCAAGGCGCCAGGAGCAUGAAUUCUUUGCCACAAGCCCUGACUACAGCCACUUAGCAAACAGAAUGGGUUCUAAUUAUUUAGCCAAAUCUCUUUCAAAGCACCUUGAAUCAGUAAUUAAGGCUCGCAUACCUGCUAUUGUGUCUUUGAUCGACAAAAGCAUUGAUAAACUUGAAGCGGAGCUGAAACACCUCGGCAGUCCAGUUGAUAUUGAUGCAGGGGCACAGUUAUAUACCAUUUUGGAGCUCUGCCGCGCAUUUGAUCGGAUAUUUAAGGAGCAUCUUGAUGGAGGUUUUUUCUUGAAGAAUGUUCAUUUCAUCUUGAAGGAGCUAGUAAGAAAGUCAGUUCGAGAAACUGAGGAAUUGAAACGUUUUCCGACUCUUUAUGCAGACAUAGUGGCUGCUGCUGAUCAAGCACUCGAAAGGUUCCGUGAUGAGAGUAAGAGGACUGUGUUGCGACUGGUGGAUAUGGAAUCCUCAUACCUUACAGUGGAUUUCUUCAGAAAACUCCCUCAGGAAGUGGAAAAAGGUGGGGAGCUGUCAGCCUCCACGGCCGACCGAUAUACAGAGGGGCACUUCCGAAGAAUAUGCUCAAAUAUUUCCUCAUACAUUGCGAUGGUGUCUGAGACACUCAGGAAUACAAUCCCGAAGGCUGUGGUUUAUUGUCAAGUUCGUGAGGCCAAGCAGUCUUUGCUUGAUCAUUUCUAUACUCAACUAGGCAAAAUGGAGGGAUACCAAUUGGCCCAGUUAUUGAAUGAAAAUCCAAUGCUGAUAGAGAGAAGGCAGCAAUGUUUGAAGCGGCUUGAGCUAUACAAGUCUGCAAGGAAUGAAAUUAAUUCAAUUUUAUGGGCCAGAUAAAUUAUCCAUUGUGAGCUAGGAAAAUUGUUGAAUCCAAUAGAAAAGAAACUUUUUAUAAAGUUUAUUUUUUUUAUUUUUAUUUUUAUUUUUUUUGAAAUUCUAUAGACCUUGAUAAACAUCUUGAUUAGUAUUUGGUAUGUCAAUAUUAGAAAUGAGAUAUGAUAUGUGAUGCAUGUUUGUCUUUGAGAA